AGGCGUCCCCGCCUGGCCAGGCAGGGAGUGAGAAAUCGGAACAACUUCUCCCCGAUCGCUGUUGUCGCUGCUAAGGAUUGCUUCAAUACUUCUUCUUCCCGUCGCGCUUCGAUCUCUUCCUCCUUCUCCCCUUGUAGCUUCUCGGAAGGGAAGGGAAGGGAGGGGGAGGGGUAAGGGAUGGUCGACUUAUGUGUCUUGGUAGAGAAAGGAGAGAGCAAAAGAGAAAAGAAAGGGGGCUUGCGGAAAAAGGAAAACAAAGAGGGAAGAAAAGUGUGGAUUUUGUAGGAUGAAGGAGGUAGUGCUGCACGUUUACGACGUGACCAACAGCGGAUCGGAGAAGACGAACAACACCAUCCCCCAGAUCAACCGCAUCUUUAAGGAUCGUAUCUGACUGGGAGGAAUCUUCCACAGCGCCAUUCAGGUUUAUGGAGAUGAGGAAUGGUCAUUUGGAUUUUGUGAACAAGGCUCUGGAGUUUUCAGUUGUCCACCAUCUAGAAAUCCUAUGUAUACCUACCGUGAGAGAAUUGUUCUGGGGGAAACAGAUUGCUCCAUUUUCGAUGUAAAUAUGAUGCUGAGAGAGCUUAGUCAAGCAUGGCCUGGGCAGUCAUAUGACCUUUUAGCAAAGAAUUGUAAUCACUUCUGUGACACAUUUUGUGAAAGGCCAAGUGUCCCAAAGCUUCCUGGCUGGGUUAAUCGCUUUGCCAAUGCUGGUGAUACUGCUGUUGUAGUUGCAGGAAAUGCAGCAUUCAGGCUGCGGCAAGCCAAACAAGAAAUCGUAACUGCAAGCAAAGUUGCAUACAGAUUUAUGUCUGGCCUAGCUUCAAAUCCAAAUUCAGAAGGCACACCAGAAUCCCCAAGCAAUUAUAACAGAGGCAUCCCUAAAUUUCAAGGUGCAUGGUUUAAAAACUUGAUGUCCAUGGGUGCCAAACCUUCGACUAGCACACCAGAGCUUUUGAAGAGUCUGGCGUCGUUCCUGUUCCUACCCGCCCCCAACAGCAUUCAGAAGUGGCAACACAGCUCGAAACAAAAUAGUUGUCGAAAAGUAGUUGAGUCCAUGUUGUACAACUAGAAUCUUUGAUUCCUACGAUCACGACUGCAAAGAGUACUCAUUGUUAAGAGAAUUGCUUUGUGUCAAGUAUUCGACUGUCAUCCUUGGAUCGGCUAAAAUGAUCAGGAUCUAUGCGAGUUGUGUUCAUCGGGAAAUUACAUCAUUUUGCCUAGCAAAGUGGCGAUUAAUUAUGAUCCUUUAUUGUUUAUA